UGUCGAUUUUCAAGUCAGUUUCGUAAAAAACAAUUGCAUUGAUAUUUGACUCGUCGCUGAUGUGAAACUAAUUCACAGUUCAAGUUCAUUAUUUUGAAGGUGCAACUAUGCAUUCGGACUAUAAACAAAUAUGAAGGCUGCCGCGUUUGUAGCUCUUGAUUUUUCAGAUUAAUAUCAGUUUCGUAAAAAACAAUUGCAUUGAUAUUGGACUCGUCGCUAAUGUGAAACCAAUUCACAGUUCAAGUUCAUUAUUUUGAAAGUGCAACUAUGCAUUGGGACUAUAAACAAAUGGUUGAAGAAAAUGGAGAAGUCAAUAACCCAUCGUACGUUAAACAAGAGACCGUCGGCUACGGAUACGAUACAUCUUAUCUUCAUUAUUCAACUGCCACAACAACCCCUACAACACUCAAUCAACCUCUACCAGGUCAACCUCCGUUACCACCAAUGCCACCACCUCAAGGAACUGUUCCACCACCUCCUGGUGUUUAUGGAUCUAUUCAAGCUCAAGUCACUCCUAUGCCUGCUUGGCCACCGGCACCUACGUGGCAGUGGAUAACUCCUCAACCCACAGCAAUACCUACUCAGUCAGCUGCUGCUGCCGCUGCUGCCGCUGCUGCCGCUGCUGCCUUCCAGAGAGAAAUGCCUAUGAGGAAUAACUUUAUUAAACGUGAGAGGUAUAACAAUCACAGUCGAAUGUAUCAGCAAAGAGGCAAUUUUCAUAGAAAAAGCAGAAGGCAACAGCGCUAUGAGCAGUCGCAACAGAACCAAUACGAUCAAUCAUCAUACUAUGGUACAACACUGUCAAAUCCUCUUGGGAUUGACUGGCAAAGAAAUAACGAAGCCCUUUUGGGUAUGCAGUUACCUAUACAAAACCCAAUACAUAUGAUGAAUACAGCUGCUAAUGCUAGAAGGCCUGAAGAUUCUGGUGAUCCAGAUAUUAAGGAGGAAAUAAUAAUUAAAAAGAAUAAACAACGUAAACCAAUGUCACAGAGUUACCCAAGCCGUCCUUGGAAUCGAGAUGAUGCAGAAAGAGCGUUAAAAAUUGAAAACGAGUACAACAAGACUGUGAAAGCCCAAAGUUUAAUAAUAAAAUUUCCAGAUCCCGAUUUAAAUAAGGAUAUUGUAAGAGAGUUUCAUUCUGGAAUACAAAACAUUCACUUUCAAAGUCCAAGUGGUCCAAGGUACUGUUUUAUACAAAUGGCCGAAAAUGUUAAUAUAGACGAGGCCAUUAAAGACUUGGAAAAAAUUCAAUUUGGUAAUGGACAUUUGAAAGUUGAAAGAAAGUCUUUAAGGGAUGAAGAUACUCCUACUCCAGAAGAAAUUGAUCCAUAUACUCUUUAUAUAGGAAAUUUACCUGAAUCUGUCAAUGUUAAUGAAGUGAAAGGUAAAUUUCAAACUGCUGCUAGAGUGGAUGUGGGUUAUGCUCAGAAAAUGCGAAACACUCGAUAUGCUUUUAUAAGAUAUAAUAGUGUUGAUGAAUCUAUAGCAGCUUAUAAGCAAGCUCAUGACUUGAUGUGGGAUACCAGAAGUAUUAUUGUUAGAUUUAGAAGACAGAGAGGUAAUACUUGUUUACCUGGAGAACCAAAAUCAAAUCCAAAGAAAAGAGAUGAAGUUGCAAAAACUACAUCUACAACUGAUAAUACUCGUGAUAAAGAUAAAUCAAAUGAUGAAGAUCAUAAGGAUCAUAUUACAUCUUCAGAAAACAACCAUCUACAAUCAAAAAAUUUAGAAUGCAAAAACACAUCAGGAAGGGAUAUGUCAAUUAGUGCAGAUGAUUCUUCAACAAAGGAUUCCAAUACUUCUGUAGAUAAAAAAGAACAAACAACACAGUUACCUCAAAAUUCCACUGCACAUAGUAAAUCAACACAAGUUACAGUACAAGACGAUGAUAUGCCUCUCAUAGCCGAAAUCAAGGAAGAACCAAUAGAUUAUGAUGAAAUGAAUGAGAUGUCUAUAGGCGAAGAUGACGAUGAUGAUGAUGACGAUGAGGGUGACAUUUAUAGUCAUGAAAUUGAAGAUGAUGUUGAAGAUAGUGAUUAUGAUGAUGAUUUAAAUAAUUUAAAACCUUCUAUGGUAGAAAAUUCCAGAAAAUCUAGUACUGUACAAGAUGACAUUCCGUCAGAUAAUCUAGACAAACUGUUUAGUGAUUUAAACCACGCCGUUGCUGGUGAUAUUGGAUCGUGAUUUAUUAAUUAUUAAGUAUCAACGCUAUUGCUUUGAUAAUACCAAAUUUUAUAUAAUUUUUUUUCUAGUAUAAUUUGUAAAUAGCUAAUGCAGGAGCAUUGUAAAUGAAUGUUCACAUUGCAUCAAUAUUGAAAAGUUGACUCGUAAUACCGAUUAGUGAUUUAAACAUUCAUUCGAUUUUUAUAGAGUACCUUAUGUUUUAAUUUUAAUGUAUACAUUUAUUAUAUAUACAGCCGCUCUAUGACAUGAUUAACUGUGUACCUCUUGA